GUCACUUUUUUCUGUGAUGGCCACUUCAUCGAAUCGUCAGUAGUGUUUGCGUUUGAUAUUUUAUUGCUUGUUGCUCAUGGAAAUGUGAGAAAUUGAUUUAUUAUUUGAUUCAGUAUUAAAGAAAACACAUAAUUUCUCCGACGGUACUCUGUUUUCACGCCAGUUGAAUAACGUCGAUUCGAGUUCCACACCCGCAGAGAGAUCAAGCUUCCGAAGAAAAAGACCAGAAAAGUGAAUUACGGUCAUUCAUCAGUAGCGCAUCAUUUGCAACGAUUUUUAAUUGCCUAAUAGCUUGCGGAGGGGAAAGGAGUAGAUGGACAAUGAACUGCACAAUCGUGCUUUCGUGGAGGAUUAUUUUGCCAACCUAAACGAUUUAUCUAAAAAGAUUACAUUGGACAUUGGAGAAAUUAAGGCAACUUACGAACAUAUUUGGGAUGAUUUGAGCAGGGAGGAACAAAUGGAAAUAAUCAAUGAAACGUUGAUCAAGCCCGAACUAACAUUGAAGUAUUUUGAUAACUUUUCGACAUCCUCGGAUUCGUUCCAAAACAUCAUAGACGAUGAAAAUAGCGAUGAUCGGAAGGUUAAUUUGUAUGAUGGCAAGGCACUGCAAACAUUUCAAUACCUAAAGACGGGACGGAAAGUUAUCCAUGACGACUCUAUCGGGUUGUUCCGUGACGAACACUCCGCACCGUUCUCGCAUAAAACGAAAAGUCAAAUAAAUUUGACCCUAUUUCCACCGGAGAAGGAAAAACCGACCGAGCGAAGGUUCGAUCUCGCAAAAAAACUAGAGAAGGUUAAGUCCCCAAAACCGCCUGCUUCAUCGGAAGCAAGACAUUCUACUAAAACUAUAAUCGAUGACAAUGUUUCGUACGAUAAAAAUAUAUUGAUUGAAGGAAACAAGUGCAACGAUGCAACAAACAAUUUCUUAGCUAGCUUCAUAUGCAGCCAGGCUGGAGGACCCGUACUAGCAUCGGUUUCAAUUGGCAGCGAUGAAAUAGAUGGGCAAUCACUGGAGAACAUCGGAUUCGAUGAUGACAAAAUCAAUUUGUUUAGAAAUAGCUCCAGAAGCGAUAGUCUCCAUCAAGCACCGUCGUCUUCCGUUGAAGAUGAUGACAAAAAUUUCGAUGAACUUAAUAGUUUGUUGGGAACCAGCAAGGGAUUCGAUUUCCUCAACAAUUGGUAAGGUUGUUUAGUAUUUAUCGGCCAAAUUGAGCUGAUGUCAAUGCUAAUAAGCAAACUAUUUAUCAUGUACGUGUUCUUCCUUAGCUUUACUCUAGUCUCUCUUUACAUCGUCAUUUUCAUUUUUUUCUAUGUGUGUCAUAAUAAUCACCCAUUCAAACUAUCGAAACAGAAAAGAUACUCAAGUAGAAAUGUUCUAAGCUAACAGACUGAUUUUUUGUGAAACCAAAACACGAUUUAAGGGAUUAGUUCUACGAGAAGAGAAUACCUCAAACAUAUUCGUGAGAAAAAGCUUAUUUCCAAAGCCUUUCGACGAAACCGACUAAAACAAACAAAAAUUCUUUUAGGCAAGGUUUGUCACUGUUGAAAUAAACUAGUUU